UGGCAGGCAGCUGCCGGGCUGGCUGACACGUAACUAAAGUUAAAGGUGCAGCGGAGGCCUCGUCGGGGACUUGAGGUUUUACUUUUUUUUAAAAAAAAAAAAAAAAAGUUUGUCGGAAUUGCGUCGGAAAAGCAAACGUGUGCAAGGGGAAAAGAAGAGACAAACGGAAGUCGUCAGCCUCGGUUUGUCUUGCAUUUCAGCGACGCAGAGCAGGAGUUUGACGUGAAGUCAAGCGAAAAUCUGAGCGGCUACUUUGAAGUAUCAGGAGAAAGUCGUGAGUGGAUGUGGCAAUGCUAUAAAUAAUGUAUUCAUCAGCAAGUCUCAGCCCUUAAACUCUUAUAGUCUGCGUGGAAAUGCUCGGGGGCUGACGGGACAGGAGGGGGGGUGCCUCUUCAGUCUUCACCGGGAGGUAGAAAGUUGAGUCGGGAAGUUUCCAGCAGCAGAGACGGGGCUUACUCGCGCAGACAGCGGGGAGGGGUGCGGGUCCAACAUGGGAAACGGGGUGUGCUCUCGGAGGCAGCGGAGGAUCUUCCAGUGUCUCCUGCUGGUCACCGUGGUGUGCGGGAUGAUGUACGGGGGGAUGAUAUCAUAUGAGAUACACAAACAACUGAAGAGGACGGAGGCCAUGGCACUCAAGUACCAGCAACACCAAGAGUCCCUCUCGGCGCAGCUCCAAGUGGUGUAUGAGCAUCGCUCCAGGUUGGAGAAGUCUCUUCAGAAGGAGAGGUUAGAGCACAAAAAGGCCAAAGAAGAUUAUCUGGUUUAUAAACUGGAAGCACAACAGUCACUGAACAAGGAGAAGCAAGACUCCAACAGCAGAUUCAACUCUUUACAAGUGCAGCAUCAGAUGCUAAAGAACCAGCAUGAGGACCUGAAGAAGCAGUAUUACGAGUUGCAUGAACAGCAUCAAGCCCAGGGCGAGGAUCACAACCGGCUCCUGAAUGAACACAGAGAUCGCUUCGAUAAAAUGCAGCGAGCCAAAGACGUGGAAGUCUCCCAGCUCAAAGACAGUGUAUAUAACCUAAGAGAGGAGAACAAACAACUGAGGAAGGCCCACCAUGACAUUCACACACAGCUACAGGAUGCACGGGUUCAGCAUCAGGACCUGAAGUCAACACACGACCAGCUCGUACUGACACUGGAAGACCACAAGAGUGCGCUGGCUGCAGCUCAGGUGCAGGUGGAUGAGUACAAACAGCUCAGGGACUCCCUGAACAGGGCGCCCAACCUGAGAGAGCCUGCGCAAAACCCCGGCCCCCAGCACCCACAACACGGUGCGUCCCAUAUCCAUGAAACCCAGCAGGCCAUAGUAUUGGAGCAGCCACACAAAGACGAGCCCGCCCAUGAGGAAGGUCACCAGGACACCGAGUCCAGGUUGGGCCACCAAAAGAAGGAGGCGCACGCUCAGUCUGAUGUCCACUCUCACCCCACCGUAUCCCAGCACACCUUGUCUGAGAAAGAGGAGGACGGAGAGGGAGAGGCAGAGAGGAGGAGGGAGCUGGCGGAGGAGGAGAUGGCCCAAGCAGGACAGCCUCAGAAGCUGGAGGAGGACCCGGACCAACCGCAGGAUGAGCAGCAGCAGGAGGAGGAGGAUGACGAAGGGGAACAGCCGGAUGAAAACGCCUUGGACAACCACAUACAUCAGCCGCAAUCGGGUCCCCAUCCGGAGCUGCAUCAGGAGGCCCACGGCCAGGUGGAACGCGUGAAGUCGCCCUACGAGCAGCAGCGGGAGCAGCAGCGCCUGGAGGCUCAGAGGGCCGAGGAGCGCAGGCAGAUCCAGAUGCGACAGGACGCCCUGCAGGCCCAGAGGGAGAGGGUGCUGAAGGAGAGGGAGCAGAGGAUGAAGGAGGAGAAGGAGAGAGAGGAGCAGCAGCACAGGGAGGCCGACAGACGGGAGCAGCUGAUGAGAGAGGAGCACCAAAGGAAGAGGACAGAGUAUGAAAAUAUUGACAAUGAUAUUGUCCAAGGAGAAGAGGAGCGUCACACUGAUGAUGAAGAAGAUCCUCAUAUGUUACAUGAGGAGGAGGAGAAACAAGUGGAUCAAAGAGUGCCACCGCAUCAGCAGGGUGCUGUCGAGGGUGAGCUGGACCCCGAGGACGACCCCAACAACCAGGGAGAAGAUGAGUUUGAGGAGGCUGAGGACGAGCGGCCGCAACACAGGGUCGCCGGGGAGGAAGAGGACGGGGUAGAGGAGGGAGAGGAGCCGGCAGCGCCAGCCCAGCACGUAGACACGCACCCGGGCCAUGAACAACCUGCUGUGGAGGAGGAACUGGUGGUGAGCAUGAGGCCGGGGAAGAAUGAGAGAGCAGUGAGAGGAGAAAGACAGAUGGCUGGAAAUCCCGAUCAACAGGAAGACAAUCUGGAUGAUCAGUACCAGGAGGAAACAGAGGAUGAGGCCCAGGAGGAUAUAGCUGGUGGGCAGAAGAGAGAGGAGGAUGUGGAGGAGGAAGGAGAGGAUCCAUAUAAUGAGGAGAACAUAGAGCAGGAUGAAGCAAAAAACCAGGAGGGACCACGGAAAAACGAGGAUCGUCGAAACCAGGGGGAGAAUAAUGAGGAUGAGAAUUACGAAGAGGAGGAAGAUGAAGUAGAGGACGACAGGGCUGGUCGAGACAAGGGAGCCAAUCGGAGGGCGGAGAUGUAAGACGGACGCAGACAUUGACCAGUUACAGUGCCUUUUUCGGCUGCCCGUAGAGCCUAUCAGGUCCCUCUUUUCCCUUGUUUCCUAAAGGAAUAAAACCAGCCAUCCACUCACAAUUCCAAGUAGGAAAAUUUGGGAUAUUACGCCUGGAGAUAGGAAGCAAACACUGGGGUUGGAACUGAUCAGCUUACACUGUGGAAACGGACAGAAUUUGUAGGGUGGAGAUGGGAUAUAUACUGUAUAUUUUUUUAUUCAACUGCCUCUCUGUCUACUUGCACGUCUGCCUGAUGGCCUGUCUGGUUCUGUUUUUACUAAAAGCAGACAAGCAGAGAAUGUAUUUUUAUCAUGUGCUGUCUUUGAGUUUGUGUAAAGAAAGCAAAGAUAAAUUAUGUUAUUCAAAUGUCCUCAUGUUCAGGCCUUUAUAUAUGUAUGUUUUAUGCAAACAGCUGUAUUCUUUGUAGUGCUCAAAUUUUAAUUUACAUCUUGCAUUCCAAUCGAUCAAGUCGUUUUCUGUUAUUUAUUGCUAAUUGUAACUCUGACAAUCGUAAAAAAGGUGCAACAUUUCCAUUUUUUUUUUUUUUUUUGCCCUGACUGAACUAGUUUGUCUCAUAAUGGCUUUUACCAGCUUUCUUGGAAGCGGAUCUACAGGAGCAUUCUCACCGGAUAUUUCUGCAAAUGCCAAUCAAAAAGACAUUUCUGGUGAAGCUAUUCUGUGCUGGAAGUGUCACACUGACACGCGCCUUUCCAUUCCUGGAAACCUCUUCUAGGUCUUCAUUUUACAUUUGGAAAUGCAUUUCAAUAGGAAAGAUAAGAGCAUGCCAGUUAGUGCUGAAACUCUAGCAUAUUGCUUCGGCAGAGCCUUAAAUAGAGGGCUGUUACAGGUCAACUGCUGGUGUGAAUUAAAUUCACAAAGCUAAUGCAAUUUUCUGCCAACAUUUCAGUCUGCUGUACAGUGUACAGUAAAGUAAAUGCUGUCAAAUUUGUACAUUUUUCACCAUAUUUUAGACAAAAAAAGUGGGGUUUUGAUUGUAUAGAAGCAUGUUUUACACCUGAAUGGUGCAUGUGGAAUAAAGACGUUGAAGGAUUUCAGGUCA